AUGCCGAGGGGAUUCCUGGUGAAGAGGAAUAGGAAAGCAUGCGGCUCAUACAGGAUCCCUUGUGAGGACAAUGGCUCAGCCCAGCUUCUUCCCAUGGUGGACAUACUGGCAGCUUGUAGCCCCAUGGUGCCCACAAGUUCAGGGGGGAAUGAGCACGAGAAGCAACCACAAGCUGAAGAUGCACCCCAGCAAGUGCCCACUGAGGUCCCCCCUUUCAAAGCUGGAGGAGGCUUGGAGAAAGCCUGGAGCAACCUUCCAUACAGCCCUGUGCAGCCUGUGGGGCUGGAGAUGAAGAAGACUUUUUUCAAGAGAUAUCUCAGCUCUCCAGCCACAGCAGAAUCCUUCCCUGUGAGCGCUGCCUUCUCCUCCAUGGAGAAACUCCUCUCCCAACACCCCUUCAUCAUCCCCCAGGAGUCCAAGCUGCAUGCCAGAGAAGCGGCCAGGUCCACCAAGGUCCCAUCCAAGAAGCACAAAGCCAGCAGGAAGCUCCACUUCCCCGAUGAGGUCACCACCUCCCCAGUGCUGGGCUUGAAGAUCAAGGCGGAGGAGCCCUCUGCUACUUCCCGCAGCCCCCUGGGCAAGCGCCCCCCGCUGGGGGAGUUCAUCUGUCAGCUGUGUAAGGAGCAGUACCCGGACCCGUUCGCUCUGGCUCAGCACAAGUGCUCCAGGAUAGUCCGCGUUGAGUACAGAUGCCCAGAAUGUGAUAAGAUAUUCAGCUGUCCGGCCAACCUGGCCUCGCACAGGAGGUGGCACAAGCCCCGGGUGAUGGGGAGCGAAGUGGGGAAGAAGGUGCAGAUGCCGCUGGAGGGCAAAGAGAACAGCAACGGGCGAGGCGCUGCCAUCAGCCUGAUAGAGCAGACCGGCCGGCUUCAGCACCAGCACAGCGUGGACAGCUCGCGG